AUGAGCUUGAAGGUGUCCACCGGCUCAAGACUCACCAUUCGGAAUGCGACAGCUGGAAUGCAUGGAGGAGGAUUCUUUGCCAGAGGCAAGACGUUGAUCAGCAGUUCCACAGUCAGGAUCGAAAAUACCAGGGCCCCGAAGUACGGUGGAGGUUUUGUGUCCGCUGACGAAGCUGUCAUUGAUGAGAUGUCAAGCGUCAGCAUUUCCGAUUCAAGAUCGGGAAGCGGCGGAGGCUUCCUGACGGAAGGGCGCUUGCAGGUGACCAACAGCUCAGUUGUCAGCCUUCAAACCAUGACUGCGCAAAAUUUUGGCGGUGGUUUCGAUGCCCUUGGAAAAGUUGAGAUAGCCGGGAACUCCACGGUCAACAUUUCCAACAGCCACGUUGAAUCGGGAGACGGGGGAGGUUUUGCCACUGAAAAGGGCUUGAAGGUGUCCACGGGCUCAAGACUCAUCAUUCGGAAUGCGACAGCGGGACAGUAUGGAGGAGGUUUCUCAACCGUGAGAGCCAUGCAGGUGACCAACAGCUCAGUCGUCAGCCUUCAGAAUGUGACUGCUCGAAACCAUGGAGGAGGUUUCCUUGCCAUUGGAGAGGUUGAGAUAGCUGGGAAUUCGACGGUCAAGAUUUCCAACAGCCGCGCUGGAUCAGGAAAUGGGGGAGGUUUCGGCACCGAAAUGAGCUUGAAGGUGUCCACCGGCUCAAGACUCACCAUUCGGAAUGCGACAGCUGGAAUGCAUGGAGGAGGAUUCUUUGCCAGAGGCAAGACGUUGAUCAGCAGUUCCACAGUCAGGAUCGAAAAUACCAGGGCCCCGAAGUACGGUGGAGGUUUUGUGUCCGCUGACGAAGCUGUCAUUGAUGAGAUGUCAAGCGUCAGCAUUUCCGAUUCAAGAUCGGGAAGCGGCGGAGGCUUCCUGACGGAAGGGCGCUUGCAGGUGACCAACAGCUCAGUUGUCAGCCUUCAAACCAUGACUGCGCAAAAUUUUGGCGGUGGUUUCGAUGCCCUUGGAAAAGUUGAGAUAGCCGGGAACUCCACGGUCAACAUUUCCAACAGCCACGUUGAAUCGGGAGACGGGGGAGGUUUUGCCACUGAAAAGGGCUUGAAGGUGUCCACGGGCUCAAGACUCAUCAUUCGGAAUGCGACAGCGGGACAGUAUGGAGGAGGUUUCUCAACCGUGAGAGCCAUGCAGGUGACCAACAGCUCAGUCGUCAGCCUUCAGAAUGUGACUGCUCGAAACCAUGGAGGAGGUUUCCUUGCCAUUGGAGAGGUUGAGAUAGCUGGGAAUUCGACGGUCAAGAUUUCCAACAGCCGCGCUGGAUCAGGAAAUGGGGGAGGUUUUGACACUGAAAAGGGCUUGAAAAUGUCCACUGGCUCAAGACUCAUCAUUAGGAAUGUGAUAGCUGGGAAGUUUGGAGGAGGAUUCUAUGCCAAAGGCAGGAUUUCCAUCAGCAGUUCCACAGUCAGCAUUCAUCAUGCCACGGCCCGGCAGUAUGGUGGAGGUUUUGUGGCACUCGACGAAAUUAUCAUUGACAAGAUGUCAAGCGUCAGCAUUUCCAACUCGAGAUCGGCAGGGCAGGGUGGAGGCUUCCAAACGGACGGAAGCUUGCAGGUGACCAACAGCUCAGUUGUCAGCCUUCUGGACAUGACUGCUGGAAGUCAUGGAGGAGGUUUCAUUGCCAUUGGAGGGGUUGAGGUAGCUGCGAACUCAACCAUCAACAUGUCAAACAGCCGCGCUGAAUCAGAUGGGGGAGGCUUUCGCACUGACAAGGGCUUGAAGGUGUCCACUGGAUCAAGACUCAUCAUUCGGAAUGCGACAGCUGGAAUGCAUGGAGGAGGAUUCUUUGCCAGAGGCAAGACGUUGAUCAGCAGUUCCACAGUCAGCAUCGAAAAUACCAGGGCCCCGAAGUACGGUGGAGGUUUUGCUGCAGCUGAGGAGGUUGUCAUUGAUGAAAUGUCAAGCAUCAGGAUUUCCAAUUCAAGAUCGAGGUUGGGGGGGGGCUUCCACAGUGACGGGCGCUUGCAAGUUACCAAAAGCUCAUGUGUCAGCCUUCAGAACGUGACUGCGCAAAAUUUUGGAGGAGGUUUGGAUGCCCUUGGAGGGGUUGAGAUAGCUGGAAACUCUACAAUCAACAUUUCCAACAGCCGCGCUGAAUUUGGAAGCGGGGGAGGUCUUGCCACUGAAAAGGGCUUGAAGGUGUCCACGGGCUCAAGACUCAUCGUUCGGAAUGCGUUUGCUGGAAAGUCUGGAGGAGGAUUCUAUGCCAGAGGCAGGACGUUGAUCAGCAGUUCCACAGUCGGCAUCCAAGAUGCCAGGGCCCAGCAGUUUGGUGCAGGGUUUUGCGCAGAAGGAGUGGCAGUUUUUAAGGCGUCUACUGCGGCCAUGUUCAGCACCCAUGCAGGGGCAGAUGGUGGUGCUUUUGCAGCUCUUAGGCUGUUCUUACACGGAAGCUCGAUGUCCAUCGGCAACUCCACUGCAGCCGGAUCAGGCUCCGGAGGUCGUGCAGAUGGUCUAGUGCUUCUUUCAGCACAGUCUACUUUGGUGGUGAAACAUGCCCAAGGUCUCGGCAAGUCCAGCGUGCUAGCAGCAAGCUGCCUCCACCUGCGUGAUCGGUCGCAGGCUCUUUUUGAAGGUGUCGUCGGCGGCCAUGGGGUGGAACUCAAGAACAGUGGAUGCUCUGCCCUUUGCUUAAACAGCACCUUCCAUGUUGCAGAGGAUGCAGCCUUCAACGCCAGUGGUCGCUUGAGCUCAGGUUUUCUUUCCCUUGCAGCCUGCCCGAAGGAGAAGGUACGUCUCUCAGGGAUCCAUUUGCGCUCCUGGUCCAGCGCGUUGCUCAGCACCCGCCCAAGCUCUGUGGUGGUCGACCAAGUGAGUGUCGAUUACGAGCCACCUGUCCACAAUUUGCAGGUCCUAGCUGCCAAGGACGGCUUCGAGAUCGAGUCGUUGGCCGUUUCCUGCCGGAACUGCACCUGGGGCAUCACUUUCAACGCCACGAAGGACGGAACUCUAAAAGCCGUGAGCUCUGAACAUCUCCAGUGCUCCAAGACUGCCACAGUGUCAAAAGGCUUGACGCAACGUUGCAAGUGUCCGAACUACCUGAUUGUAUCUCAGCGCUUCCGCGAUGUCGAUAUGGUGCCAUUGGAAAGUAUUUUCCAGACGUGCAUGUUCUGCAAGCCACACUUCCACUUUCAGAAUGGUGACUGCUCGAAGUGUGGUGUCUUCAUUGCUUGGUCUGAUGGGAACAAAGACGUUUGCCAUGUGCUACCACGCAAAAAGAGGGAGCUUAUCAUACUUUCGACAGGUGCAGCCGCGGUCGUCAUUUUGACCUUCCUCAUCUUCGAGAUUUUGCAUGCUCCUUUGGUGAUCGUUGAUGCGAAGUCAGCUUUGGAAGAUCCGACACAAGCAAAAAGCAAGAGGAUUUUCAUGCUUGCUGUGCAAGGCCCAAUCGUUGAUCUUCACAAAAGCCUGUCUCGCUUGGUGCACCAGCGGGUGCAGUAUCGGGCAAAGGGAACAGGGUUGAUCUGGCUAGACUAUGAUCAGAAGAAGUCCAAUGCAAUCAAAGUUCGCACUAUUGCGCGCAGAAAGCUUUUGCUGCAAGACACGAAUCCACUGUUUGACUGUGCGUCGUGCAAGGGUUCUUUGCACGCCGCUGAUUACUUUUACUUGCUCGGCUUGCUCACUGCAUGCAUAUCAGUGAGCGCGAUGCUACCUGUCAUCAUCAAGGUAGCAGUCACAUCCGGAAACGGUGUAGGACAUGUUUUCGUUACAGCAAUAUAUGUUACCUUUCCUCUGGUUACUGUUGCGUCAUUGCUGCAUUUGCCGGUGGCGUGGCUGAUCCGACGUCUAUAUCGUGGAACGUCAUUUUCGGAGGCUUUGGAUGAAUACCGGACGCAGAUCAACUGCAAGCCGUUCACGGGGCCUGAUGCAGCCCAUCCUGUCAACCAGGGCUUGGAGGUGUUAAUUUUGCGCGGCUUGUGGGAGCACUUCGAGA